GUCAGUCGACUUUCUUUUGAUUUCACUCACAUUUUCACAUUUUUUUUGAAUAUUUGAUCACUGCAUUUUCAUUUUGCUCUCUUACAAGGGCCCUGUCAGUUGAGAUAGGACAUGCAUUUUUAUACAUAUACAAAUACAUUUCAUCUUGCUUCAAUACUAUAUGUGCCUUAUAUUUAUAUACCUUGAGCGCUAGUUCUUUUGUGUUUCUUACCAUCUGCAAUAAUAUAUAAAUGUUAAUUCAUUUAUCAGUGCAAAUAUUACAUAAAAUAGUAACGAUUUUAGGAAAACUUCAAAAUAAAAAAACAGCAACGCAUUCUUGUCAUUCUUACUGCUGGAGACUGGGCAAAUCAAAAGACCAAAUGAAGAACUAAAGGAAAUAUUUUGGUCUCUAGGAGUGAAGCAUCAAUUGUUUUGAUGCACUGCUGUGGCGUGUUCAGCAUGGAAUUGGGACAUCCGAAGAAGAUGAGAGACGCCACCGCCGAAGAAGAAGAUUCUUGAUCCAUCCGAUCACCGCUGCAAGGAUGACCCAUGGUGUUCACAGCACCUUGUAUGCGGAGCUGUGGCAGCACCCUGACAAAUUCCUGCGCUACCUAAGGAUGACCAUCAACUCCUUUGAUGAGCUUCUUCUACGUAUUGGUGACAAGAUCCGCCGCCAAGAUACCCACCUCAGAAGGAGCAUCUCACCAGAGGAACGCCUCAUCGUCACCCUCAAGUUCCUGGCAUCCGGUGAGAGCUUUUCGUCUCUGCAUUUACAGUUCCAUCUUGGAAUAUCCACCAUCUCUGGAAUUGUCCGUACCACCUGCGUGGCCCUGUGGGAGUGCCUUCUUGAAGACUACCUUCCUGAACCCUCUGCACAAGGUUGGCUGGACAUCGCAGACAAAUUCCAGGACGUGACACAGUUUCCAAACUGUGUGGGAGCGAUUGACGGAAAGCACAUCAGGAUCCAGAAGCCAGCGCACACAGGAUUGGAAUUCUACAAUUACAAGAAGUUCUUCUCGACAAUUCUGAUGGCCAUUGCUGAUGCCCAGUGUCCUUUCAUCGUUGUGGACAUUGGGACCUAUGGAAGAACCAACGACUCCCGUGUGUUCAAGACCUCAGCCAUUGGGAGGAGGAUCUACGCUGGUGAGAUGGGACUUCCGGGACCAAGGGCCUUUCCUGGGACUUAUGGACCUCCUAUGCCUUUUGUUUUUAUCCGGGACGAUUCCUUCCAGAUGUGUGCCAACUUGUUGAAGCCCUACUCCAGCAGAGGACUAGACCACCGGCAGCGGAUCUUUACCGUUUGUCCCGUGCCAGAAGAUACGUGGAGUGCGCAUUUGGAAUUUUGACUGCGAAGUGGCGGAUCUUCACAAGGCCAAUGCAACUGAGCCCGGAAUUUACUGAUGAAGUUGUUAAGGCGGCAGUUGUUCUCCACAUCUUUGUUCUCACCAAAAAGCCUCUCAACACUGAUCCCGAGGAAGUGGAAACAACUCUGCCAGGACUACAGCAACUUCCGCGAAGAUCUACCCUCGCCGUCAUGCGCAUCUGUCAAAGGCA